AUGAAGACCAACCAGACAGUCUUGGGAGAAUUCAUUCUUCUUGGCUUUUCACUUUACCCACAUGCACAGACAUUCCUUUGUGUGAUCGUCUUUUGUCUGUACUUUCUCACUCUGGCAGGUAAUGCGGCCAUCAUGUGUUUAACUUGGGUGGACAGAUCUCUCCACACACCCAUGUACCUCUUUCUCAGUGCACUCUCCUUCUCUGAGACAUGCUACAUAUUAACAAUUGUCCCUAAGAUGCUGGAAGAUCUUCUGACCAAGAGCAGAAGCAUUUCUGUCAUAGGCUGUGGGUUGCAGACAUGUUUCUUCCUGGGACUUGGUGGUACUAACUGUGUCAUCCUCACUUUAAUGGGCUAUGACCGCUUCCUGGCCAUCUGCAAACCUCUCAGAUACCCCAUUCUAAUGACCAAUGUUGCAUGUGGACAGUUUGUGGCCUCUGCUUGGGUUAUUGGCUUCCUUAUCUCUCUGAUAGAAACUACAAUGAUAUUCAGGGCUUCUUUCUGCAGACCCAACCUCAUCAAACACUUCUUUUGCCACAUGCGGGCAGUUGUCAGACUGUCCUGUAUAGACAGUGACCUCACGGAGUUCAUAGUCACAGUGAUCUCAAUGUCAGGCUUGCUGGGCACAUUCCUGCUUAUCACCCUGACUUAUGUGUUCAUCCUUUCCACUGUCCUCAGGAUCACCUCAGCUGCGGGUAAACAAAAGGCCUUUUCCACCUGUGCCUCCCACCUCACAGUGGUCAUCAUCCACUUUGGUUUUGCAUCCAUUGUUUAUUUGAAGCCAGAAUCUUCAGGGGGUGAUGACACACUCAUUGCCAUCCCCUACACUGUUAUUACCCCUUUCCUCAGCCCCAUCAUAUUCAGCCUUCAGAAUAAGGAUAUGAAGAAUGCUUUCAAAAAGAUUUUAGGGAAGACACUUACCAUAAAAAUAUAA